CUGGGGACCAUUCCUGCCUCCCUUUAAGAAUUAAGGAAUCUCCUUGGGGCCCAGAAGAUGCCAUUGGAAUGCAUAUGGGUAAACAAUGACUCUUGCCUUUCUCGCCCGUCUUCCGAUACACUUGCUUAAUUCCCUUUGGAUGGUGUUCUAACUGAAUAGACACAAAACAAUCUGUCUCUGGGAUCAUGAGUGAAGAAAAGAGCUUGGGUGUGUCCCAGAAAGUAUUGUCACCUUCAAGAAGUACCAGCAGUUGCUCCUCUAAGCAGGGAAGUCGACAGGACAGCUGGGAAGUUAUAGAAGGACUGCGAGGAGUCAUAAAUUAUACCCAGGAACCACAGAAACAGGAAGGCUACCUGCUGAAAAAGAGGAAAUGGCCGCUGAAAGGCUGGCACAAGAGAUACUUCUUCUUGGACAGAGGAAUUUUGAAGUAUGCCAAGUGUCAAGCUGAUGUAGAGAGAGAGAAGCUGCAUGGCUGCAUUGAUGUUGGACUUUCAGUGAUGUCUGUAAAGAAAUCAACAAAAUGUAUAGAUUUGGAUACCGAAGAAUACAUAUACCAUCUAAAGGUGAAAUCUCAGGAACUGUUUGACGAAUGGGUAGCAAAACUGCGGCACCACAGAAUGUAUCGUCAAAAUGAAAUUGCCAUGUUUCCACAUGAUAUCAAUAAUCAUUUCUUCCCAGCGUCCUCUACUGCAGACUCUGUACCCGGUGUGUUCGACUCUGUCUCAAGUAGAAAGGCAGGCAGCAUGACAAAACAGAAUUCAUUGCGAAUUGGAAGUAGCUUACAGUUUUCCUGUCCAAGUAGUGAGUCCAGGAUUCCCCCUUGGCUACAGUCUUCUGAGGAUAUGGAAAAAUGCUCAAAAGAUCUCUCGUAUUGUCACACAUAUUUAAUGGAAAUGAGCCAGCUGUUACAGAGCAUGGAAGUUCUCCAUAGGACAUGUUCAGCACCUGCUAUAAAUGCCAUGCAGUGUGGAUCUUUUGAAAGUCCAAAAAAGGAAAAAAGAACUCACAGGAGGUGGCGGUCUAGAGUUAUUGGGAAAGACGCUAAAGGAAUGUUGCAGGUACCUACAGUAUUCUCUGCCCCCAUGCGACUGCAUGCUUCCAAUCCUAAUUUAUCUACAAUAGAUUUUGGGGAAGAGAAAAAUUACUCUGAUGGCUCUGAAACAUCAGAAUUUUCUAAAAUGCAAGAAGACUUGUGUCACAUUGCACAUAAAGCUUACUUCACCUUAAAGUCGGCUUUUAGUACAAUCUCGGUUGAAAGAGAGAAACUGAAGCAGCUGCUGGAACAUGAUGCAGCCUCAUCUCCAUCUGCACAAAUAGCUGGGUUGAAGAAUGCCUUAUCAUCCGCCAUAGCACAAAACACAGAUCUUAAAGACCGGUUACACAGAAUACAUGCCGAAUCUAUGCUCCUUGAUUCAGCAGCUAAUGCAAAAUCAAGUCCUGAUUUGGUGAAGGAAAAUUCAAGAGAAGGAAGUCGAAGCCUGGUUCACCAGCUCUCCAAUGAAAGUAGGCUGUCUGUCACAGACUCUCUCUCAGAGUUUUUUGAUGCUCAAGAAGUCCUGCUGUCUGCAAGUUCUUCAGAAAACGAGGUAUCGGAUGAUGACUCAUAUGCCAGUGAUCUAAGUGAUAACAUCUCUGAGGAUAACCUAAGUAACGACAUUGAGAAUGAAAGGCAAACUUUGGAUUGCAUUGCUGAAAGUGGGAUGGGAAGCCAUUCCAAGCGGAGAACGUGUUUGCCGGCUCCAUGUCCUAACACCAGUAACAUCAGCCUAUGGAAUAUCCUGAGAAACAAUAUAGGGAAGGAUCUCUCCAAGGUGGCUAUGCCUGUUGAGUUAAAUGAGCCACUUAACACUCUUCAGCGACUUUGUGAAGAACUGGAAUACAGCGAACUACUGGAUAAAGCAGCACAUACCCCGAAUUCAUUUGAAAGGAUGGUGUACGUGGCUGCUUUUGCAGCAUCUGCAUAUGCAUCCAGUUACUACAGGGCUGGGAGUAAGCCAUUUAAUCCAGUGCUUGGAGAAACCUAUGAAUGUGUCCGGGAAGAUAAGGGCUUCCAAUUUUUUUCAGAACAGGUCAGUCAUCACCCACCAAUAUCUGCAUGUCAUGCUGAAUCUGUGAAUUUUGCUUUUUGGCAAGAUGUGAGAUGGAAAAACAAAUUCUGGGGAAAGUCCAUGGAAAUCGUUCCAAUUGGUACAACACAUGUAACCCUGCCAGCUUUCAGAGACCAUUUUGAGUGGAAUAAGGUGACUUCUUGUAUCCAUAACAUCUUAAGUGGGCAAAGAUGGAUUGAACACUACGGAGAGAUCAUUAUCAAAAACCUGAAUGACGACACUUGUCUCUGCAGACUGACUUUCAUAAAGGCAAAAUAUUGGAAUCCUAAUAUGCAUGAGAUUGAAGGCAGUGUCAUGGACAGAGAUGGGAAAGUAGUGCAUCGGCUUUUUGGGAAAUGGCACGAGAGUAUAUACUGUGGGACCCCGUCUUCACCAACCUGCAUAUGGCGAGCAAAUCCCAUGCCUAAAGAUUAUGAGCAGUGUUAUGGAUUUACACAAUUUGCAUUAGAGUUAAAUGAACUGGACCCACAGACUAGGCCAUUCCUACCACCUACUGACACACGAUUUAGGCCAGACCAAAGGUUUUUAGAGGAAGGGAAUAUUGAAGGAGCUGAAAUGCAAAAGCAGAGGAUUGAACAGUUGCAGAGAGAACGGCGAAAGGUUCUAGAAGAAAAUAACCUGGAGCAUCAACCUAGAUUUUUCAGGAAAUCCACAGAUGACUCCUGGGUGAGCAAUGGAACAUACAUGAAUCUUAGAAAAGACCCUGUUUUUUCCAAACUGGACAGUCCUGUUCUCUGGUGA